AUGGAUGAGCUCGCUAAACUUCUGAGAGGCAUGGCGCCUGGUCAAAUUGAAGAGGCUGUACAACUCCUGCAGCAGUACACAACAACAAACCGAGAAACAGAAAAGGGAGAAGAAACAUCAACAGAGAAUAACAGAAAUGGAAAUAAUAAUGGGAGUAAUGCUAAUAGUGGUAUAAACGCAGUAUCUCCUCAUAAUGAUACGUUGAGUUCUGUCAUUGCACUUGCAUUACGUCAAACGACUAGUGGUAGUGCUGUUAAUACCAAUAAUAAUAAUAAUAGUAGUAAUGAUGAUGAUAAUGAUGAUGAUAGUAGUGUGAAGGAGGAAUAUGAAAAUGAGGAUGAUAUUCCAUUGGCUCUACUAUUACAAUCAAGACAGGCGUUAUCGCGAAAGAAGAGUAACAAAACAACAGCACGAAAGGAGGUUCCUGAAGAUACUAUAAAGAAUGAAUCCAAUGAUCAACAAGAAAACGAACAAAAACAGGGACAAUCAUCAAAUGAAGAAACUCGUACACCCAAUCGUAAAGGAGGAGGAGGAAAGUCCUCUGGAAAGGCAUUAAGUGCCCAACAACAACAAUCUCCAACCAAUGCUGCAUGUGGUCUAGCGAAUUUUGGUUUUCUUAGCGCUGCUAAAAAGCCAACAGUGGCUUCAUGUGAUAAGAAUAAACUUUUUACACCUUUCGUUCAGGACAAGAGAAUUGUACCUGCUGCACUGCAGUUUUGGAAUCACAAGAGUAAUACCGUAAAGAAAGAAGGAGAAGAAGAAAAAGAAAAAGAAGAAAAAGAACAACAACUACCUAUUUAUAUACGUGAAGAAGAUGUAUCGGUGGUAAGGCAGACUAUUGCUGUGGAUGAGGAUACCUCUUCACUCAUGCACUCUCCUGUAUUGGUCACCGCUGAGAAUGAAGAGAAACAGGAAGGAGAAGAAGAAGGGGAACAAGGAAAAGGAGAAAAAGGACAAAAGGGACAAAAGAAACAAAAAGGAUCACAACUGCAGGGUGGACGUGGGCGUUGUUAUACUUCUUUUGGAGAUAUGAUAGAUAGUGUUACCUAUGUUGCCCCAUCAUUGCAUUGUCCGUGUGGAUUUCAUGUUAACACGCCUGCUCCUCGUGCUGGUUUUUGCGAUGAAGUAGUCUUCUGUGGUUUCUACGCUGUUGGUUAUGAUCCUUGCCAAUCACGUCCUCCAUACUUUGGUACACAUAAUAGUCAAGACUCUUAUAAUAAGGAGGAAUUAUUACGACUUGCCCGUUUCCCUGUUGGUACGAAUAUGCCGCAGAUGUCAAAUCUUGAUUAUCAAUAUGAUUCUGGUGAUGAUUGGGAUGUGGUUGAUGGUGAUGAAGAUAUUGGGGCUAGCAGUAGUGAUAGUGAUGAUGAUGAUGGGGCAAGUGGUGAUAGCAAUAGCUGUAAUAGUAACAGCAGUAAUGCAUUUAUGGGCGAUAGUGAAGAUGAUUUUAUUAACGAUAAUGAUGAAGAUGAUGAUAGUGAUGCGGAGUUGCAACGUAAAAUGGUAGAAGCACGACAACGGCGUUUAAAUCGAUUACGACAUAAAGAUAAACUCGUACCAGCAUUCAGUGGACCAUUUGUGGGUAUUGCCAUGUUAGAUCAUCCACUGCGAGAGUAUGAUAGAUUGGAUCGUAUUUCCUCCACACUUGACAGUUCUGCUUUUACAGCACUGUUGGAACAAGAACUGCGUACUAUAGGUGCCAUUGCCUCUACGGCUUCUACUCUUAAUAAUAAUGGUAGUAAUAGUAAUGGUGUUAGUAUUAGUGGUGGUGGUGGUGGAGAUAAGAUGAAUGGUAAUGAUAUUAAUAAUAUUAAUAUUAAUAGUCUUGCGAUGAUGGAAAUGGAUCUGAGUAAUGAGGAACUUAUGCAGCAACAACAGCAGCAACGAUUACUAGCGGCGGCAUUACGUAAUAGACGGGAAAUGCUUCCAGAAGAAUUGGAAGCCUUACAUGCUAUUAUCGCAGCGAAUGGAAAGAUAUCACCCAAAGCGAUUGUGGAAGCACUUCAACAACAACAAUUAUGCGUGGGUGUGGCACGGGCAGAAAUACUUCGAACGAUUUGCCGAUAUUAUGAACGCAAACAUAAUACAAUGGUGCGUCGUGAUGAGCCGUGGUCAGCAACGGAUGAGCGACUCUACGAAAAGCAACAGCGUCGUAAAGCGGCGAGAAUUAACAAGAAUAAUAAUAACAAUAAUAAUGUUAAUAAUAAUAAGAGCGAUAAUGGUGGGCGAGAGAAAAGUGGCGAUUAUCAGGGACAGGAUCCAGUAGUAGCUAGAGCGACAUCAGGUGGAAGAGGAGGAUCGAAUAAUAAUAAUAAUAAUAAUAAUAAUAAUGAGGAGAGUGAAGAGGAAGAUGGUGUGGAGAGCAACGAAGAUAGUGAAGAAAAUCUUUCAUUAGUGGCACUUGCUACUAAGCGAUCGCGCUCUGAGAGUCGAGAAAAUAAUAGCGUGUAG